CAGCAGUGCGUAGGCCUUGGGGAUGGGGAGUGGAGUCCAGGAACAACGGGCAUCACUCGCGCAGGGAGAAGUGCUGCCGCUGGCUUCCUCCAGUCAGUCAGAAGUAAGCAAUGAGGGCCUGAAGCACACCCGGCCUGUCCUCAACUCACUCUUCUCUGGGGCUUUAGCAGGGGCUUUGGCUAAGACAGCUGUCGCCCCAUUGGACAGGACUAAAAUCAUCUUCCAAGUGUCUUCAGCAAGAUUCUCCGCCAAGGAGGCCUACAGGUUGAUCUACCGCACCUACCUGAAGGAUGGCUUCUUCAGUCUGUGGAGGGGGAACUCUGCCACCAUGGUGCGAGUCAUCCCAUACGCUGCCAUCCAGUUUUGCGCACACGAGCAGUACAAGAGGCUGUUGGGAGGCUACUAUGGCUUUCAGGGGAAAGCCCUGCCUCCAUUUCCGAGGUUACUGGCCGGGUCUAUGGCUGGUACCACGGCAGCCAUGCUGACCUAUCCUCUGGACAUGGUGCGAGCUAGGAUGGCUGUAACGCCAAAGGAAAUGUACAGCAACAUUCUGCACGUGUUUGUGCGGAUAUCCCGAGAAGAGGGCUUGAAGACAUUGUAUCGAGGCUUUAAUCCCACCAUGCUGGGUGUCAUUCCCUAUGCUGGUAUCAGCUUCUUUACCUAUGAGACACUGAAGAAAUUACAUGCAGAGCGCAGUGAGCGCCCACAUCCCUACUUAUAUGAACGUCUGGCGUUUGGAGCCUGUGCGGGACUCCUUGGCCAGUCGGCGUCUUACCCUCUGGACGUGGUACGGCGGCGCAUGCAGACCGCAGGAGUCACAGGUCAUACCUACGGCACCAUCUUUGGCACCAUGAAGGAGAUUGUGUCUGAGGAAGGGCUCAUCCGUGGACUCUACAAAGGUCUGAGCAUGAACUGGGUCAAAGGGCCCAUCGCGGUGGGGAUCAGCUUCACCACCUUCGACCUCACUCAGAUACUCCUGAGGAAGCUGCAUCAGAUGGGCCAUACGACUCGAUAAUAGCGAUACAGAGAGAGGGAAUUGGGGAAAGUGGGAUGACAAGUUCCCCAUACACCCUCUGAAGAGAAAAGGAAGUGAGAGAGUGACAAGUGUGUAUCGCUGGAUAGAAGCAAACACACACUGGCUCAGGAGGAGUGAUAUCAGUGUAUUCUCUCGCUUUUGCCUGUGUGCGUUGGGGGAUGUACAGUCCCUGUAGGCGUGAGGUGUGUUGGAUGUUACACACUGUUAACAUGUACAGCUAAGUGCAAUAUGCUCAGUGAUUUUCUGUGUGUUUGUGUACACAUAAAUUACAACCCUCCUGCCCUCGUGGACCAGGCCCAUGAGUGACUGAGAGUUCAGAGGUACACACACACACACACACACACACACACUCUGAGGUCUCCCAACUGCCUUGUGUGUCUGCUUAAACCUGACACCUUCCAAUGCAAUGCACAUUGCCACUCAUUUAUUAUUAACUUUUUCCAGAUGCAUUUGAUUUAAUAACAGUAAGAUAUGCCCCCUUGAGAUUAGUUGUGUGCGUUUUUGUUUUAAGGAAUCAUACGAAAGGUUAGGUAUGAGCUAGUUACAGAUUAUAUAAUAUGUUAGUGGUGUUUGUAUAUUUAAGCACAAACCUUCUCAGAAUACGGCUUUAGAGCAAAACUCUUGCCCAGCGCAGAGGUUUUUCAGCAUUGUUACUGCAAUCAUAUGGUCAGUUUUUGUUUUGAAUAUAUUGAAAUUACUAUAAGUCCAGUAUCUUUUAAGUGGAGCUCCUAAAGAUUGAACUCACAGAUUUGUUUUUGUAGUUCUACAAAACAGUUCUAGCUACCGUGCUGACAGCAGACACAUGAGCUUGAUUUUAUGCCAGUGCCAACACACAUGAAGUACAAAGAGCGCCCAUAUGAUUUAGUUUGUCUUCACAGUGAUAAUAUAAUGGGCUUUUUAAAAUAUUGUCAAUUGUUUUGUUGUUUGAAUUAUUAUUACAGAUAAUUAGACAGUUUUUUUUUUUUUUUUGCUACGCCGUUUUCACAUAUGAACUCCGGACUAAGUAAACACCGUUUGAUGUCCGAUCCAACUGACUGACUUCGCGUUGUCACUCACAGCUCCGCCGGCUGGUGUUUGGAUCAUUUCAGGUUUGCACUGCAUGUGUGAAAGCGACUCUAGUGAAGGCAUCAUUUGAGUUCUCUGUUACAGUACAUGUAAGUGUUCUCAGUUUUGUACUUUACCUCAGCACAAUUACAUGUUCGUGAAAUCCUCACAUAUCAAUGUGUUAUGAGGGGUAGUGUCAAAAAUGGGACUAGGUGCUCCAGUUUUCAUUUGAGCGUAUGUGAGACGGUUUGAGCAGUAUUGAUGCAGGCUGACAGUCGUGGAAGACUGUCAAUAGUUUCUAUACUUAGGCCACACAUACCGAGAGGAUGGUUGAGCUGAGGGAGCAGCUGGGGGCAAAGCCAGGUGGAGCAGAACGCGGGAAAGUCUCAUUGUAUCCAGAAUAAAGCAGAACAUUUUCUCUGUGAAACGCAUGUAAGGAUACCUACUGAAACUCAAGUUAAUUAAAAAACAACAAACUAAGAUACUCAUGAACAAUAUUGUACUAAAAAUAACUCUUUACUAAAUCUUUUUCAUUAUUGAUGAAUUUAACAUUUUUGAUUCAUCAGACAGAUAAAUGUCUUAAUAUUACUUAGCGUAUGUGUUCGGACCAGCAGACAAACAACCCAAUUAUUCACUGCUGUAGAUGAGCAACUUUUUGCAUUUGUGAAUUCUCCAAUCAGCAAAUGUUUAGUGUUUUCACUAUUUCAAAAGAUUAACCGAUUAUCAAAUUGGAAUUGAUAAAAACGUUUGUCCAUUAGCUCACCAAUUUAACAAGUGAUUAUUUCUCUUCUAGGACUUUUGUAUCAUUUUUAAUUUGUUGAUGCUAAUGCAGUUAGUUUUGGCACCAACACCACAAUAAUACUUAUUUUUAUAUAUAGUAUAUCUAUAUUUAUAUUACUUUAAGGAAUAAGGACCUCUUUUCAGCUAACCUUUUUUCAUUUAACAAGAGGCCAACCUUCUCAAAUGUCAAAUAUGUCUACAAGCAUAAUAAAAAAACUUUGCCUGAAUAAAAUAGUCUAAAACUUUUUUUCUAAAAAAAUUUUGAAUUUGUAUCAGAUCAGAAAAUAUGUAAAAAAGACCCAUAACAGUAUUGAGACUCGUGUCUGUCCCAUUCUUCAGUCGAUCAGGAGAAUUGUAGCAGCUCUCUGGUGGCAGACCCCUAAACACACUCAGUAUUUAUUCUAGUCCGCAAACAGUGUUGAUUCAAUCGUCUUUUAAUAUCAGUGUGUUAUCUUUACCGCUAUACAGCUAUGUGUAGCUGAGUUUUGAUCGAUGACCGCUUGAAAGCUGCACGUGUUCUGAGCUGAAACGUGCAACAGUGUAGUAGAAAGUAUACAGUAACAGAUCGCUGACUAAUACCCCUUCCAUACUGAGUGCUCAGCCAGGGUUAACCUACUCUGGGGCGGGACAUAUAUGGCACACACAUUUUGGCUCACUGUGCUUUAGAAUGUAAACUUAUGAAAAUAAGUUUUAUUUCUCUCAUUCACAGGAUUCUUUCUCUCUCUCUCGCUCUCUUUCUCUCUCGCUCAUCGCUGGCUCACACGAAUCUCUCUUUUAAAAAAAGGAGUCGGUAAUCGCACAGCAAAGCUUUACUUUUAACGUUAUCGAACAAAGAAAAAUGUUUCCCCCCUAGUUCUAAAAUGGUAAAGAAACUAGAGUAGCCUACUUCCUUGUUUGCUUGUUUGAAUGAAAUGCAGAGGAGGGGAACUAAACUAAGAGCCUCUGUGUCCACAGAAUCGUCUGUUGAAUGUUUGGUUAUUUAUUAGUGCUUUAGAAUGCAGUCGCUGUAAAACAAUCGUACAAUACGUUUUUUAUUUCUCUUGUUCGGUCUCUCUCUCUCUCUCUCGGCUCCUCUGAGUGUACGGUGCAAAAAUAAUAAUAAUAAUAAUAAUAAUAAAUGUAUUCAUUUCCAGCACAUGAGGUAAUUGAUAUGCAUUGGGCUGUGACCCACGUUGUGUCUGAAUUGUCAUGACCAGGGAUCAAGCUGUGGUAGAUAACCCUGGGCAUUGGUGUGAAAGAGGUAGAAAGGGUAGCUACUUAAGUGCCUAGCAAAGAAAUAGUAAAGUUUUUAUAUAUCACUGAGCUACUUCUACUAACCUUUUUGAAAGUUGCUUCCAUUUUCUAGCCUUUGCUUCGGUCUUGAAGAUAUACAAAGUACAAAUAUUUGAGGGGCUGCAGAUUGUUUGAAGUCUGGGGAUUGUUUGACCUCUGUGUCUGAAUGUAUCACUUCAGGUCCAGUUUUUGUAUGUGAAUUUUGUCCAACUUAUAAAACCACCUUGCAGUGUUUUGCUGUCUAUGGUGAGAUGCAUGAUCCUUGGCUCCCUAGCAGACUCAAUCAGUCCAUUCCAACCAGUCUAGGAUCAUCUCAAAAGUACAUUUAAUGGUUAGGCCUAUUUGUAACCUGAUUUCAAUUAGAAGAGCAGUAUGAUGCGAUCAUCUCCCUAUUGAUCUACCCAUUGAUCAAAGGAGGUAGAUAAAUACAUGAUCAAAUACACUUUGAUAGGGAGAGUAGACAACAAGCUUUGAAAACCCCUAGACAAUCAUGAAAUGCCAAAAAAAGCUUUAGUUUGAAGAGAGAGGUACUUUUUUGACAACCUGACAAGUGGCUUACGAAGAACACUGAAACACUACGACAACAAAAAUGGCAAAAGAUGUGAUUUUUAUUUGCUCACAUAAAAGCAAAUGUAAUUGUUUUAACCCUAUUUGUGGGUAAUCCUACAUAGACGUGCAAACAUACGAUGCUACUGUGUUUGCAUGUCCCAACAGAAAACUUGGUAUUGUUUUUGUGUGAGUGCAGCAGUGGCUGCUUUGUUAAUCCUAGUGAUUUGUGCCAACUGAAUGUAAGCGUACCUACUAACACCACUGCGUGUCCAGUCUCUAGUAAUGGUGGUGCAUCUGUAGGAAAGUUUUUUUGAAAUAUGAAACUCAAAUAAAACUGGAUGUUAACAACA